AUGAACUCUUCAGAAUUUUGGACCCUAGCUCGCAAUUUAAAUGGUACUAAAUAUAUUAUUGACAACAGCUUAAGCCCGCAAGUUUUGCAGAACCAUUUCCAGCAACUUUUAAACCCAACAUCAAACGAGAUAUCCAAGUACCAUUACGCCCCACCUAACUUUCAAGAGCCUAUUUUAGAUUCACCUAUCACUAUACAAGAAGUUUCUUCUAUUGUCAAUGGACUCAAGGAUGGCAAAGCAGCUGGAUCGGAUAGGAUACCUGUAGAAUUUUACAAGUACGGAUCGAAUAAUCUCAUUCAGACGCUAACCGGCCUAAUUAACAGCGUCAUGGAAAAUGGUGUAAUACCUGAACAGUUUAAGGAAGCUUUAGUGUUUCCCAUUUACAAGAAAGGUUGUGCAAUGAAUCCUGCGAACUACAGAG